AUGGUGUCCUGGAGUGAGAGCGAAAGCACUGAGGGCUCCACCGCGCAGUACAUCUCCACUUCCGACUCCCCUGUCAAGAUCCGAGCUACAAUUGAUGACCCGUUGUUCGAGGGUGCUGCUGAUGAUUUGAUGGUGAUGUGCGAGCAUGGGAAUCCAGGGAGGAAAUAUGUUGCAUUUGAGGGGAUAAGCACUGGGAGGCGGUUCAUUGCCUGUGUCACUGAAAAGACAUAUGAGAAGCUUGUUGAAGAUGUGAACAACCUCUUGGAUUAUAAGGAUAGCCAGCCUGAGGUAAACCAGAAGAAUAAUGCUGAGAACAUUUCAGUGAGUGUGGAAAGCAGCAUGACAAAGGAUGCUGAGAUCAAAAAAUUGAAGGCUGUUGUUGACCCGUUAAAGCAAAUUCAUGUAGCUCAAGCCACUGUCAUUAGGAAUUUGAAGUUCAAUCAUCUGAAAGAGAAGGAAAAGAUGAGCUCUGAUAAGAGGACUUUGGAGAUUUGCUAUGCUGACCUGAAGAAAGAGAAGGAUGACCUGAAGAAAGAGAAGGAUUAG